AAAAAAAAACACCAACAAUGCUUACCCCAAGACGUACGAGUUUCAGUUUAAUCAUUAAAUAUUAAAUGAAAAUAUAUGUGAACAUUAAUAUUAGAAAUUAAUAUCAAAAACUUCAAUUUUGAGAAAUUUAACCCGAAGAUAGUAUCAAAAAGCAAUCCUUCCAAGUGUCAGGAUCAAACAAACCAUGCACCCUGGCAUCGUGCAUCCAAGGAAACAACAAAAAUCGCCAUAAAUGUUAAAAGUGAUACCAUAAAAGCAUAGCAGGCAUCAGGCAUCUUAAAUGGAACGAUUAAAAUUAAAUUGUUUAAAAAAUAAUUUGUUGUUAUUUAACUAUUCCGCAUGCAUUAAGAAUAAUAGUUGUCAAGUUGCAACAACAACGGCGAAGGAAAUAAAUUUCUUAUUGUACGAAAUCUCGCUGAAGCACAUCUUCAACGUUGAGUCGUUCGUGCUGUGUGUGUGCGUGUGCGUAUGCAUUUGCCUGCUCUUGAUGCAUGUCUGUGUGUACAUGUGUGUGUGUGCCCAUCUUCAUUUUCUUUUUCUACUGCAACAACAACGACUCUGGUACAUAUCCUUGCUGACAAAUGGGCUCAUGUUUUGGGCGCUGCGUUUCAAAGGAGCCGCACUCUAUUACAGCAACCACAUCUUCCUGUUUGUGGCGUUCAGCAACAGAUGAACAAGAAGCAGAACUCAUUUCCAAUGCCACCGAUUGUUACAAGAAUGAAAAUUUUAUAAUUCGUAGUAUUAAACUAAAGAAAAAGCAAAAUUUACCAGAAUUCAUUGAAAAACUUUGGAAGAAACAAGAUAUAAACUAUGAUAAGUUGAUUAACAAAAAUGGCAAUGAUAGCCUAACAGAUAUACAUUUGCAAAAUCUCAACGUUAACAAUUUAUUGACAUCGGCCGUAUUUACCAAAGAAUCAACAAUGAAUUAUACACCCAGUAACAAUACAGCUGCAGCUAGCUCUCGUGCUAGUUCACUUGAUCUGGAAUGGGAGCAUGAAUAUACUAACAUACAUAACAUGACAAUGAGACAUUAUACACAAUCAAGCUACACAAUUAUACAGGCAACACCAACAUCAACAUCGACUUCAACACCACCACUCCCUAUCAUAUUGCCACCAACAACACCAUUACCACCGAAACAAAAUAGUAAAUAUGGUAACACUGGUCGUAAUAACUCUUUCACGCGUACAUCAUCGCAUAAUUCAUGGUCACAUAUAUCAACACCCGAAUCAAUGGAAUGGGAUAUCGAUGAGGAGCAGCAACGUCAAUUGCAUGUAGAAGAUGAUAGACUAGACCAUGAAACGCUACAACUUCUACAUCAAAUCGAACAACUGAAGAAUCAAGUGCUUAAUGAAACCGGAGACGGUUUAUAUGAACUUCAAAAUAGUUGCAACACUUAUGGUUCAGAUUACGAAGAGACGAGAAAUGGUUCAGUUUACAGAGACAAUAGCAAUAACGUAAGCACUACUAUAAUUUAGUUUAAGAGGGACAUAUAUUCAUAUAUGAUAAAAAUAAUAUGAUAAGGAGAUUGAUAAGAUACGGAGAUUAUAGAGUGAAUGUCAAUAUAUCUAUUCACCCAUGUACGAGAAUUCAACUGUAAAAGAAAUAUUUGAAAGGCAUAAAGAAUGAAGAAUUUGGAAGAAGGAUAGAUUUCUAGUAUUAACUGCUCAAAUAGCAUCCUCAAAAAUUUCACACUAAAAAAAAAGAAAUAUAUUA